AUGCCCGUGCAGUCGACGCUGCCCAAGCGUCCAGCGUCGACGAUCGGCCAGAUCCUCGCAAUGCCGCCGCAGUGGCUGGCAUCCUACGAGGAAUUUAUCACCAAAAACGCCAGCCAAGUCUCGCAAAUCGAGAGCGCACUGCGCAGUCUAACUUAUAUUAUUCCGGGUCGCUUCCGCGAUGCCGAGAUCGCCUCCGAAUCGAUCCAUUCCGGCGUACAGCUUCUCAGCCUAUACCACGACAACCUCCUCGCCAAAGCUGUCUCCAAGCUGCCCAUCCCGCCCAUUCGCACCGCGCACGCCCGGUACACGCGCUUCUGGGCCGAAAAGAGCGCCCUCUACCGGCGUGUGGCCAUGCUGCUGCAAAUGGCCAUAUACACUGAGCUACUGUGCGAAAUGUCAGCCAAACGCCGCGGCGGGGAAAAGUCCCGGUGGCGCGUUGUGGUGCUGCUUGAGGGCAUGAAGGCAAUCUGCCGCCUGCUGCUGCUGCGCAUCACGCGAACGCGCCAAAUUGUUACGCCGUCGCUGCCAGAGCGCGAACCCAUCCCUGAUGACGUUGACCAGGCGAAGAGCGAGGAAGACGGCCUGGCGUUGGACAGCGAGAGCGAUUUCGCGCUGGAGGACGGCGGCAGCAUCCACGGCAACACCAUGACGUCCCAGGAAGCGCAUGACAUGCUGAGGCCCUCUCACGAACGUGAAUGGAUCAUGCCGCGAACGGGCAUGAGCCUGCCAUCCCUCCCUGAAUCUGGCGAUAUCAGUUCCUACCUUCUGACGCGGGUGCUCACUGCCGACGAUAUUCGUCCCGCGACAAAGCUUCUCAACCAGUUGCGCGGUCUCGGGCAUGCCGCUGAGGUGCUGCACAUUCUCGCGCCACUCGCGUACGCCGUCGCGCUGAUGCGCAGCAAGAACAAGCGCUCGUGGACGCCGUGGGUGAUUGGCCUCGCGGUGGAAUAUGCCGCGCGACAGCUGCGCGAUACCAGCAGUGGUGCUAUCCUUCGCACGACGCCACUGGAGCGCGAUGAGUGGAACAAGCGAGGCUGGUCGAUGCUGUGGUGGAGUAUGCGCGGUGCGUUCUAUGAGAACGUCACAAAGGGUGUGGUGACAGGCGUGUCGAGACGAAUGCCCAGCUUCAUUGGGGGUAUUCUGGAGGACUACGAGUACCUCUGGGAGAAUUACUACUUUAGCACCAGCGCAUGA